GGGAUGAAGAAACUUGUAUAGACUUUCCCCAAUUGUCAUGAACCAUACACACAUCAUGAUUCUCGUGUUAUUGCUGGUUCGGUUUGAAGAUGAUUUAUUUUCGACCCAAUUGAUCGAAACAUGGUUCUCCAUUAAAUACCGAAUGUGCUCUAGUAUCGAGAAACACCGGAAACGUCCUCGACCGUCUGUGGUCAAGGAAGUUGAAAGGCAAACGGAAGCUCUCCAUUCGACUCUGCGGUUUCUUAUUGUAGCCUCGGCUCCUUGAUGCCCAGAUACAUCAUUUAUACCUCAAACCGACCUUCCCGCCAAAAUCAUCCUCCGAAAUGCUAUUAGCCAAUCCAGGCACGUGCAUGGUCGCAACCUGUUCGACGAAAUGCUUACCCGAGACAUCCUCUCGUACAACUCUCGCCUUGCGUCCCUGGUCCGCUUGGGCGAGUCAUUCUCCGCAUGGGUCCUCUUCGUCGACCUUCACCGCUCCCGAACGGACCUCGACCCAUAUACGUUUACUCCCAUCCUGAACGUGUGUCCCACCCUCCCCCACCUGCCGAAGCUGGGCGAGCAAGUCCACAGCCUUAUGAUCAAGACAGGCUCCGACUUGGGGACUGUGAGCAAGACUGCCCUCGUCAACAUGUACUCGAAGUACCGGCUUCUGUGCUGUUCGGAGAAGGCAUUCGAGGAGCUCGAGUCCAAGGAUGUCGUGAGCUGGAAUGUGAUGAUCUCGAGCUUUCUGAGUCACGGGCUCGCCAAGGACGCUAUUCGCGUGUUUGAAAGGAUGAGACAGGGCUACACAGGGUGGAAUGAGUUUACACUUUGUUCAGUGCUGAAGGCUUGCACUUUGCUGAGGGCUUUUCCACAGGGGAAGCAAGUUCACAGUAUGGUGGUCGUGAUGGGAAGGGACUUGGUUGUUCUGGGGACAGCCCUGAUAGACUUCUACUCAAAUGUAGGGCAGAUUGACGAAGCUAUGAAGGUGUAUUCUAUUUUGUGUCGGAGCAGUGAUGGAGUAAUGCGUAACUCCAUGAUCGCUGGGUGCGUCAAGAAUCAGAGGUAUAAAGAAGCAUUUGAGAUAAUGAGUUCAAUGAGACCGAAUGUUGUUGCCCUAACAACUGCCCUAGCAGCCUGCUCUGAGAAUUCAGACCUUUGGAUUGGGAAGCAGAUCCAUUGCAUUGCAACGCGUCUUGGGUUCGUGUCAGACACGCAGUUGUGCAAUGCUGUCCUCGACAUGUAUGGAAAGAGCGGGAAAAUUGCAAGUUCCAAGAGCGUUUUCGACCUGAUUCCAUGGAAAGACGUGGUGUCAUGGACAGCCAUGAUCGAUGCAUACAGAGUUCAUGGGUGUGGUCUUCAAGCCUUCGCACUUUUCAAUGAGAUGGUGGAGUCUCGGGACAGGGUUUGCCCAAACUCAGUAACCCUUCUUGCAGUGCUUUCUGCUUGUGGCCAUUCGGGGCUAUUGGAACAGGGCAGAGCCUGCUUCGAAUUCGCUCGGGAUAAGUAUAAGUUAGAAGUAUAUCCCGAGCAUUAUGCUUGCUUCAUAGACAGUCUGGGCCGAGCGGGCCAUAUGGAGGAUGUGUGGCUUGUGUUUCUUGAGAUGGUCAAGGAGAAAAAUUGCAGACUUUCUGCUAAAGUAUGGGCGGCCCUGUUAAAUGCCUGCAGGCUGAAUGGGGAUAUUAGUAGAGGUGAGUAUGCCACGAAAGGUCUGCUGGAAUUGGAACCAAGCAAUCCAGGAAACUACGUGCUUGCCUGUAAUUUCUACGCAGCAAUUGGCAGGUGGGACUUAGUAGAGGAGAUGAGAAUUGAAAUGAGGAAGAGAAGGAUGAACAAGAAAGCAGGGAGCAGCUGGGUGACUUGCUUCAGCUCCAGGAAAACGUAAGAUGAUGUUGAUGUAAACUGGAAUAUUUGCUUGGCCCACCACCAUGUUUUUGGGCUUGAAUCGGCAGCUCGAUAAUGAGACCGAUGAUGUUCUUAUUCUUUUCAAGCCUACCAUGCUCAAAGAGAUAACAUACAAGAAACAUUAGAAAGGCUCGUAUAUUUCAAAAUGAGUUUAAUGUCUAGCUGUUCCAUAGGGAUGCUUGCGGAUAAUGGAUUUAUAUGUGGCCGAGACUGGCCUAAACAAUAUAUUUUCGAUACUGAAGGGCAAUACAAUGCAACAUUUUUGCUCGAAGCUAUACAGCACAUGCAGAACAUGAAUGGUUCAGUUAUUCUUUUCUUUA